AGAGAGAGAGAGAGAGAAACAAAGGGAGUCCAGCGAGAUAACCCUACUCAUAUAUCCAGGACAGUGCUGCUCUAUUUCAGACGCAACUUCCAAGUCAAAGCUCCCGGAGAGAAAGCAGCUGUCAGUCCGAGUCCCGCUGCGCCCUGCACGGUCCCGCCUGCCUCCCUGCCUGCCUGCCUGCCCGCCUGCCUGGUUCGUCUGGGGCUCCAGGAAUCCGCAUUAAGAGACCACUGAACAGGGGAACAAUGAAGAUGCUCCUGCCUCUGGUAAUCCUUCAGCUGCUCUUGGCUCCAGUGCUCAUGGUGCCCAGUGUGGAUCACUGGGACACAUGGGGUCCUUACGGAGAAUGCAGCCGGAGCUGUGGCAGCGGAGUGACCGCAAGAACCAGACGCUGUAUCACCCACAGGACUGAUGGAGGACACAACUGUGUUGGACCAGACAGGUCUUACCGCACUUGCAACAUCCAGGACUGUCCCGAGGGAUCCAAGGAUUUCCGUGAAGAGCAGUGUGCCCAGUUUGAUGGCACUGACUUCCAGGGGAAACUCUACAAGUGGCUCCCAUAUUAUGGAGCUGAGAACCCCUGUGAGCUGAACUGCAUGCCAAGAGGAGAGAACUUUUUCUAUCGCCACCGCAGCUCUGUGGUUGACGGUACGCCUUGUCACCCUGGAAGGAGGGAUGUUUGUGUGGAGGGAGUCUGCAAGCGUCUGGGCUGUGACAACCUGUUGGAGUCUACGCAGCAGGAAGACCCCUGCCUGCAGUGUGGGGGGAGCGGACAGUCCUGCUACCAAGUCAAGAACAGCUUCUCUGUACGCGACCUUCCAACUGGUUACAACCAGAUGUUCAUCAUCCCUGUUGGAGCCACCACCAUCAGCAUCCGAGAAACAGUGGCCACACGCAACUACCUUGCUAUCAAGAACCUGCGUGGUGAGUACUACCUCAAUGGCCACUGGGUAAUUGAGUUUUCCAGGGCGACACGCAUUGCUGGAACAAUGCUGUACUACCAGCGAGGAGCUGAGGGGGACAACGUCCCAGAAACCAUCAUCGGCCGCGGCCCCACCACCGAGCCCCUUGUUGUUGAGCUGAUCAGCCAGGAGCCCAACCAAGGAGUGGAGUAUGAAUUUUAUCUUCCCAAUGGACGCUCCAGAGAGGGCUACUACUGGAGCUUUGGAUCCUGGUCUUCCUGCAGCAGAGAGUGCGGAUCAGGCUACCAGUCUCGUUUGGUCUUCUGCACCAUUGAUAACGAGGCCUACCCUGACUAUCUCUGUGCAUCUCUGCCCAGGCCACAGACCAACCGCACAUGCAACUCCCACGCAUGCCCACAAAUCCGCAGCUGGAAAACCGGCGAGUGGAACACCUGCUCGGUUACCUGUGGUGGAGGCUCUCAGGUGCGCAGUGUGCAGUGCGUCUCCCAUGAUGCCGCUGGGCCCCGCGUGGUGGAGGAUGCCAUUUGUGCCGCCAACGCCGAGGCACCGCCCUCUCUGCAGACCUGCAACAUGCAAAAGUGCGCAGAGUAUCAAGUGACUAGAUGGAGCGCGUGCUCAGUGACCUGUGGUUCAGGUGAACAGACCAGGGAAGUCACCUGUGUUGGUUCAGCAGGAAUGAGGCUGGAGGAAACAUCCUGCAGCGCUCUGCUCCGCCCGACUGCCGUCCGACCCUGUGAGAUGGCCGCCUGCCUGAGACAGAUCAGCUGGCACGUCGGAGACUGGGGACUGUGCUCUAAGAGCUGUGGCUCCGGCUCCCGAGAGCGACAGGUGAUCUGCUCUGACCGAGAGAGGAACCUGUACCCUGUGAGCCAAUGUAACGUUCACCCCAAACCCUCCACCAUGGAGCGCUGCAACACCCAGUCCUGCUACAGUCCACAGCUGGUUCCCAGCAUCCAGGACACACGAGGACACGAAACCACACAGACUGUUUUCCAGCCCUAUGUGCCAGACCACGCAACAGCCCGCCGGCCAGAGACAGAUCCAACACGUACAAACACAGUCCAGGACCCUCACGGCUCCGCCCCGGCCCUCCACUGCAGCCAGUCCUAUUACGGCUGCUGUCCAGAUGGACGUACCUCAGCCGGGGGACCCCAGGGUCUGGGCUGCCCACAUGUCCCAGCUCCCCCUCCUGCCCAGCCACACUGCGCCCACACCAGUUAUGGCUGCUGCCAAGACCGGCUGACGGCUGCUCAGGGCCCCAACAAGGAGGGCUGCGCCGAGUAUGCUGCCCCUGCACCCACUGCUGCUUCUUCUCUCCCCACUGAGAAUGCAGCACAGUGCCGUCUCACCACCUACGGGUGCUGUUAUGACCGCACCACACCUGCAGGAGGACCCAACGGGGAGGGCUGCCCCAGCCCACCCAACCACAUUGAGCACUCCAUCUGCUCCCUGCCUCGUGCUGCCGGCUCCUGCAGCACCUGGACCCCACGCUACCACUACGACGUCAUCACCUCCAAGUGUCUGCACUUCUGGUUUGGAGGUUGCCACGGCAACAGCAACAACUUCAUGACCAGGGCUGAUUGCCAGAGGGCGUGCCAGUCGCCUUCACCGAGCCAGCAGGGCCCGGGGCCGCUCGCUCCAGCCGGAGAGCCCACUCCUAGAAGAGAAUCCACCCCUGGAAGCGCCACAUCUGGAGGAGGGUCAACAAGUGCGGGGUCUCGCAACAUGGGGAGGAUUUUCACAGUGCAGGGAGGCACCGGCACCGGCAGACAGGCCACCAGUGCCGCCUCACAUGCCCACAGAGCUAGAGUCCACCUGCGCCCCCGCAGACCUUCCCCUGCUACUGCUGCACAGCACAUGGGCCCGGCAGCGAGUUUGACCCUGGGAGAAGUGAGCAUUGAUAAGACGGACCCCUCCACAGUGGAAGCUUUAGUGGGCCAGACAGUUGUGCUGCCCUGCCGAGUCAGUCCGACGCCGUCCUCCACUGUCAGUGUCCAAUGGAGAAGAGACGGCGUCCCUCUGUCUACUCACAGGCAUCACCAGCAGCCCAAUGGUUCCCUGUUAGUUGGUCCUCUGACUAAAACGGACUCUGGUUGGUUCCUGUGUGUGGCUACUCGUGAACAGGAGAGAGACCACCGCUACAUUUACCUGUCUGUCUCAGGUAAUGCAAACAGGCUGGUUCCCACCUCACUGCCCAGAGAUGGUCCUCUCCCUCGGUUCAGUAUUGAGCGGUCAAGCUCAUCUUUGCUGGAAAUGCGAGCGGGACAAACUGCCAGACUGCCCUGCACCAUCGUCCCUUCCUCAGCGCUUCAGUCUGUCAACAUUCAGUGGACUAAAGAUGGACACACCCUCAGUGACUCCAGGUAUAGCCAACAUUCAGACGGCACUCUGACCAUCGGCUCUGUGAAGUCUUCAGACUCCGGCAUGUACACAUGUACCGCCUCCACCCAGCAGCAGCUGGAGCAGAGACAGCUGCAGCUCAGAGUCCAAGCUGACCUAAAGAUCACCACAGCUCCCAAUAACAUCCAGGUGUCUGAAGGCAGCACAGCUUUGCUCCCCUGUGUGGUGUCAGGAGACAACGUCAACAUUGGCUGGUCCAGGAAUGGCAUUCCAGUGCGUCCAGAUGGCCGUACCAUCCUGAUGUCCUCUGACGGCAGCCUGAUCCUGAAUGACGUAAAGCCAUCAGACGAGGGCACUUACACCUGCAACGCUUACACUGGCAUCUACUCUGUGAGUGCCACGGCCGAAGUUAGAGUCUCUAAAGACACGCAACAAGGUGAUGAUGUGCCUCCAGACUGCAUGGACCAGCCGGAGCUUGCCAACUGCGAGCUGAUAGUUUACGCCCGACUUUGCUCCAACUCGUACUACUCCAGCUUCUGCUGCGCCAGCUGUACCCGGCACUCACAGAACAACGGCAGGUUGGGUCGGCGAGGCUGAAGCCGCACAGGGUUUAAAAACUGUAGGACGGGGACGGGACGGGAAAUGUUAAAGUUUUUGGGAGGACUGUAUUUAAAACUGAACUUUUGCCUCCAAACACUGAUUUCUGACUAGGUUGUGCAGAAUUGCAAUGAAGGCUGUGCAAUUAGUCGAACUGUAAUC